AUGGCUUAUUUCACGUGCAUUUCGAAAGAAAAUUUCAAAUUCCGUCUUCUUCUUCAUCUUCUUCCCCCUCCCCCUCCUCCCAAUUAUUCAUUUACCUCCACCACUUCUUCUAUUUUGUUUUCCUUCUCCUCCGCUUCUUCUUUUCCCUUCUUCUUCUUCUUCUUCUUCUUCUUCUUCUUCUUCUUCUUCUUCUUCUUCUUCUUCUUCUUCUUCUUCUAUUUCGCCCUUUUCCGCAACAAAAAUUUUCUAUGCUUCACGCUUAGCCGUAGGAGAAAAGCAGAGAAGGAAACUGAGAAAUACUUUCUCUUUCUUUUUCUCUCUCUCUCUCUUCUUCAUGCGCUUUCUCUCUCUCUCUCUCUCUCUCAUGUGCACACUCUCUCUCUCUCUCUCGUGCGAACUCUCUCUCUCGUGCGCUUUCUCUGUCUGUCUGUCUUUCUUUCUCUCGUGCGCACUCUCUCUCUCUCUCUCUCUCUCUCUCAGUUUAGUUGGAUCAAGGGAGAAGAAAAACAAAUUUAA